AUGUCUUUCUGCCUGACUGAGAUGUUCCUGUGGUCUUUGAAGACUAACUUACAUAUUAGAGAUGAAGAUAUUGGGAUCCACCAGUACUAUGACAAGAAAGAACCAGCAUCACAGAUGAAGCAUGGUUGCUCAGAAGAGGAGCAAAAGCCAGCAGAAUCUCGAGAUUAUCCUUGGAUACUGAAAAACAAGCGACCAGACAAACUGCGAGAUGCGCUCAAGGAGGUAGAGGACUUAAUGCAAAACAGUCAAUGUAUGCUGAGCAAAUGGAAGAACAAACACAUCUGUCAGCUCCUCUUUCACUCGGGGGUGUUGGUGUCCCUAAGCCUUUCUGGGCCCCAGCUGGAGAGAGUGGUGAUUGACAGGACCCUGGUGGGGAAGCUCAUCUCCGACACCAUCAGUGACGCUGUUCUUACAGACAAUUUCAUCAUCUUGUCAUUUGAGGACCAUAACCAACUGUGCCUUAUUCAGUUUACAAAGAAGAUGGAUUCUCCUGAUGUAAACAAAAGACUGGAAAAACUUUCUUGUUUGGACUUUAAGAUUUCUUACGUUGAUAUACUUGGACCAGAAGGUAGAAGGAUGAAACGGCACCUGGCAAUAAACUGUAUGCAAGAUAUGGUCAUUUGCUGGUGGUCAGCAACUAGUGAUGGAGCAUGGCCUUGGUCUCCUAUUUCCUGUGAGAGGGACAGAGCCAACCUAUUGCUGUUAGGCUGGGCACAUGGCAAACUGGAGGUUCUGAGUUACGUCCGUACAGAAUGGGAUCCACUCGAUGCUAGCUUCAGCACUAAUCAGCCUUAUCAAGUUUACACAGUAGAGCACUCCGUCUCCCCGGACAAAGAGCCCAUGGCUGACAGCUGCGUCUACAAGUGCGUGAGGAACAAAAUCCAGUGUGCGACAGUCACCAGAAUACCGCUACGAUCCAAGGCCAUCAGCUGUUGCAGAGACGUUACAGAAGACAAACUAGUCCUGGGUUGUGAAGAUUCGUCGAUCAUUCUGUACGAAGCCUACAACCAAGUGACUCUGUUAGCCCAAGCAGAACUGUUGCCUGCUUUAAUAACCUACCACCCUUCCGGAGCCAUAUUCAUGGUUGGUAGCUCUCAAGGGGAGCUGCAAGUUUUUGACACAGCACUGUCCCCAAUUAAAAUUCAGCUCUUAGCACAAGACUAUUCACCUGAGGCAACUCUGCAAUUCAGUAAACACUUUGACGUGCCUAGCAGCCUCAUCCAGAUCCAGUGGGCUGCUCCUCAAGUUGCGUCUGCCAGCACUGACGGCAGAGAUAUUCAUGAUCUUUUGUUGGUUAGAUUCGACAAAGGACCCUUAGGAGUACUUCACUUUAAACUCGGUGUGAUCACAAAAGGACAGCUGGGCCUUGUGGAAAUCAUCCACCAGUACAUUCGUUAUGAUGAGAUACACGAGGCAAUUAAUGUCCUCAACACCAUGAACUGGAACACGAUGGGCCGUCAGUGUUUCAUGUGCUUGAGUGCCAUUGUCAAUCACCUUCUUAAACAGAAGCUUACACCAGACAGAGAAGCACAGCUUGAGGCAAGCCUUGGAACCUUUUAUGCUCCAACAAGACCCCUCUUGGAUACAACCGUGCUGGAGUACAGGGACCCAAUCAGCAGAUACGCGAGAAGGUUCUUCCACCACCUGCUCAGGUAUCAGAGAUUUGAGAAAGCGUUUCUGCUAGCUGUUGACAUAGGUGCUCGGGACCUUUUUAUGGACAUCCAUUACCUUGCGCUAGAUAAGGGUGAAUUCGCACUAGCUGAAGUGGCAAAGAAAAAGGCUAAUGACAUUGAUGCAGAAUCAAUAACUACUGGAAUUGAACUUCUGGGGCAGUCAGACGAAGAAGACCCAUCUCGCAAAGCUUUCGUUGGCCGAUCUUCAGAGCACGGAGGAGAAUGUGACCCCCCGGCUCCCGGUCCAGCCAUCAGACCACCAGUGCAGAGCUGCUCCCGCAGACCCACCAGCCGCAGACAGGCAGAGGACACGGAGUGUAAGCCCGGAGCUGAUGGCCACACCGCCUCCCCGACGGGGAAACCCUUUUCCAGCAGCCGGGAAGGAAAUUUGAGAGCAGUUCCUACAGAGCAGGAGACUGGAGGCAGCGGGUCACUCAAAGUCGUGCACUUGGGGCUGGUGUGA